ACACACGGAGUGGUGUGCACUGCUAGCGCAUUCUUACAUACUCGUAAGUUGGGCUGUUAACAUUUCGAAAAUUGACGUUCACAGCGCAGCGCUGUUGGCUUUAUUUUGCUUAUAGCAAUUUUUGUUUUGAUGUGCUUGGUUGUUGGUGAGUGGCUGACGGAUUUGUGCGUUCGGUCGUUUCGUCUUGCCAAUGUGUAAUAAUCAAAAAGAGAAUUGUUAAGUGAGUCAGUCAGUUAGUUUAAAAGUAAGCGUUGUCGUUGUUAGUACGACAUUUUCUUGUUUGUAAAUCAUAAAGACCUAAUUUUAUGCCAUAUUUCACUUGCUUUCGGUUUUUAAAUCACUUCGACAGCAAUUAGAGCAUAGCAAAGCAUUAAACAAAAAUAAUAAAAAAAAAAUAUAUAAAUAAAAAAAAUCGCAUACAUUAAAAAUUUGUUUAAGCCACGCAUUUAUUUAAUUCGAAAUAGAAAAGUGAAGUGCGAAGUGCGAAGUGUAACAACGAAACAAAAACAAAAAAAAAACGAAAAUAAUUAAGCAAAACCACCCACUGCAGUCGCGUUGCAGUAAACACAGCCCAGCGUUAACAACAACAAAAAGACUCAACUUUUACUGCCAGAUUAAACACUUUACACAAACAAUACAAGGAAAGCGAGCCGAAAAAGAUGAAUUCAUAACAGCGAAAAGCAAAUGUUCAAAUUUUACACCAAAGUACAAAUAAAUAAAGUUAAGCUCACACAAAAAUAUCGGUCACGAUGCCCAUAAAUCUAGUAAAUACUCCCCGUGCACCGGCACAAAGUUCAGCGAAUGAAAUAAAAAAGUUUAAAUAUCGUGACAAAUUGAAACUGAAGCUCAUCACUGCCGUAGUUCUAAGUUGUUUGGCGUUGAGCGACUUCAUACCUCAGAUUGGUGUUCACGGGCAAACUCGUGAUCCUCGAUUUUACUCUAGAGUCGGUGUCAAUGAUUAUCAAUGGCCAAAUCCUGGUGAUCCAGAUUACAGAACAUACACACAUAAUGACCGUCGUUAUGGUUACUAUCAACCAAAUGGUUAUGGUGCAAACUAUCCGGGUAGAAACUCACCAGGUCAAUAUCCGCAGGGUAUGCCAAAUGAGGAACGUUUUCGAUUUGAUCCAAAUAAUCCAAAUUCUAACACACCCCUUCCGGGCAUAUUAGCUGGGUGGCGUGAGGACUUACAAGGCAAACAGCGACGCGAUUCAAUGACACUGGAGCGAGAUGUCUUUGUUACUACAAAUUAUGGUCAAGUACAAGGCUUUAAGGUUUAUAUGUACGAUAAUCCCGAUCCGAAAUCAUUUUAUCGACCUUAUCAUUCAACCGUGGAUCGCCUUAUGGGCGAAUGUUCUGUUUUUCUGGGUAUACCUUAUGCCUUACCACCUACAUUUGAAGGUAGAUUUAAACCACCUCGUUUGCAUCGAGGUUGGCAAAUGCUACAGGCUGUUGAUUUUGGACCUGCUUGUCCACAACCGGUGCGAUAUACUGGUGCCACAAAAGGCAUUAUCGAUAUGGAUGAAGAUUGCUUAUAUUUAAAUAUAUUUUCUCCAAAGACAGGUGCUGGUAUCGCACAAAAAUAUCCAGUUAUGGUUUACAUACAUGGUGGUGAAUUCAUACGCGGUGCCUCCAAUCUCUUUCAAGGACAUAUUUUAGCUUCGUACUAUGAAGUUGUAGUGGUAACACUAAAUUAUCGUUUGGGUGCUCUCGGCUUUUUGUCAACAGCUGAUGAAAAUUCGCCUGGUAAUUAUGGUAUAUUAGAUCAAGCGAUGGCCUUAAAAUGGGUACACGAUAAUAUUGAGUUUUUUAAUGGUGAUCGUGACUCAAUUACAUUAUUUGGUCCUGGUGCUGGAGCAGCUUCAGCAGGAUUACUAAUGGUUGCACCACAAACACGUAAUAUUGUUCGACGAGUUAUAGCACAAUCUGGUUCUAGCUUAGCUGAUUGGGCACUAAUACAAGAUAAGUAUAGAGCACAAAAUACUAGUCGUGUUCUAGGUCAACUAUUGGGUUGCUCCAUUGAAUCUUCAUGGAAGCUUAUAAACUGCUUGCGUACUGGUCGAAGUUUCUACGAGCUUGGUAAUGCGGAAUUUCCACCUCAAGUUGGCACUUUUCCCUGGGGUCCAGUAUUAGAUUAUAAUUUCACAGUACCAGGUGAUGAUUGGUAUGAAGGUUGGCGUGAAAAAGAUUGGCACUUUUUAUCUGAAAUGCCCUUAAGUCUUAUACGUCAAGGUAAAUUUAAUCGUGGCUUGCAGUAUAUGACAGGCGUCACAACUCAAGAGGCAGCCUUCUUUAUAUCACAAAACGAAACUUUAGCACCGUACUAUGAAAUUGAUAACAAGUUUUUUGAUCAGAAAAUACGAGAACAUGUAUUUCGCUAUAACUACACGCUAAAUCCAAAUGGUGUAUACGAAGCCAUUAAAUAUAUGUAUACUUAUUGGCCUGAUCCGAAUAAUAGUUCAAUUAUACGCGAUCAAUAUAUAAACAUGCUUUCCGAUUUAUAUUAUCGUGCACCCGUUGACCAAAUAGUUAAAGUUCUGUUAGAGCAAAAAGUUCCAGUAUAUUAUUAUGUUAUGAAUACAACUGUUGAAGCGCUUAAGUUGCCUCAGUGGCGCAAGUACCCACACGACAUUGAACACUAUUUUCUGACUGGAGCACCUUUCAUGGAUAUUGAAUUCUUUCCGAAAAAAGAUCAUUUACAACGCAACAUGUGGACCGACAAUGAUCGUAAUAUGAGCCACUUUUUCUUGCAAACUUUUUCUAAUUUCGCGCGUUAUGGAAAUCCCACCCCACAACAAGUUUUGGGCAUGCAUUAUGAGCGAGCUUAUCAAGGCGAAUUGCGUUAUCUUAAUAUAAAUACCACAUUUAAUUCAUCCAUUUUGUUCAAUUAUCGACAAACCGAGUGCGCUUUUUGGACGCAAUAUUUGCCAACUGUUGUAGGUGUACUAGUGCCCACCUAUCCACCAACGACAGAAUAUUGGUGGGAGCCAAAGGAACCGUUGCAAAUUGCAUUUUGGAGCAUGUCAGUCGCGUGCUUCUUUCUAAUUGUCUUAGUCUUCAUAUGCUGUAUAAUGUGGCGUAAUGCGAAGAGACAAACAGAUCGUUUCUAUGAUGAAGAUGUUUUUAUAAAUCCUGAUGGCACUGAACUUGAACAUGAUAUACACCAAACUGGUGUUGAUAACUCGCACAUGGUAACAAAUCACCAUGCAUUACGCACACGUGAUAAUAUAUAUGAAUACCGGGAUUCACCAUCCACUAAAACACUUGCUUCAAAAGCACAAACCGAUACAACGUCAAUACGUUCACCAAGUUCCUUGGCCAUGACACAAAAAUCUGGCAGUCAAUCAUCACUUAAAUCAGCCAUAUCUCUUAAAGAAUCAACCGCUGGUGGUGGCGGCGGUACCUUGUCCUCUUAUACAUCUGCUGCCACACGAUCAGUACGUAACGACGCUGAACGAGAUGGUGUCAGUUCACGCGGUGUGACAAAUGGCACCGCAAUGACGGUACAACCGAAAACAGUAGAAGAAAAACGUUUAUUACAGCGCGAACCUGUUACUUUGCCACAACAGACAAGCGGACCCACCGUUGAACAACCAUUGUACAAAUCGAAAGGAGCAUCAACAGCUCCUUCAGUAGUUGGCAGCAGUCGUAGCACUACGCCAGUACCCAGUGCGCGUACUACAACAGCAACACUUUCCACUGCACCUUACGUGCAAAAGGCUAGUGUUCCUCCUGUAGCGCAACCACAACCACGAACGAUCAUUCCACAGAGCCAGCAAACGGCUGCACGUACUCAGGUAAUUGAAGGUGUGCCGCAAACAUCAGUAUAAGUUACAGCUCUUUAAAUGCAUAACAUUCCAAAUUUGAUUAUUUUUUAUGUGAAAGCUAUGAAGCAUAAAAAAUACAGGGUAUUCACUUCAAUUAUUUCUAGGGUAAAUUAACAAUUUACCUGAGAUAUAUUCAAAAUUACUUAUUAUUUAUAUUACAGCGCAACCUCUUCACUGCCCUUUUUACAUGGAAAAUAAUAUUACUCAUAUAGUUUACAUCGGUAGGAUAGGACCGUAAUGCAACGGUUCGAUAGGGGGUCUUCGUGGAAUCUUUUAUAGACUCAAGUUCAAACCUCGAAACAUUCAAAAGGGUGUUCAUAUAUCUAUAGUGCUCAGUGGUUGUACUUAAUCAACAAUCAUAGUUCUUAUUAUUGUUAUGUGGUAAUCGGAUAUUGUUAUGUAUGGUGCAGGAAUUACAAAUAUGUUCACGUGUGUUAAGCACGGAGCUGGCUAUCAUUUUUGUGUGUCAUUCAAGAGAAAAAAUCCAAGAAUAAACACAUUUAAAAAUGAUAGUCUGAAUCUUUAAAUGACACGCAACCAACAUUUUGGUGAGCACAUCGUUUAGCUUUUUACCAAUUUGUUGUAAAUGAUAAUCUGUCACCCAAUAACAUGCAUUCGUCAAUCAAGAGCAUAUUUUUGCGUAGUUACACUAACACACUUACAGUGUACGCAAACACCCUUAUUCUUCAAAAAUUUUGCUUGAAUAACAACUCUUGAAUAUGAGCAUGUUCAAGUUCGGUUACUAGAAUAAAUUUGAGUAAGACAGCACGCAACUUGAAGAACAUUUAAAAAUGAUAAUCUACACCGCGCUUUAGGAUAUGGUUAGGUGAAGGAAGUCUGAUAGGAGAAGGAGAUUGUUUGGGAAACGAGAUUGGAUUGAGGAAACGUUUCCAGAAGGGACAAUGUCAACAUUUUUAGUGUACAUUUUUGGUGAAUACUCUUUAUAUCUGGAUCGUUAUGCAUUUAAAGAGUUAACGAACAAAUGCAAAUCAAAUACAAAAAGAGCUUAUAUAUUAUAACAAAAAAUGA